CAAUUGUGAUACAAGUACAGUACAAGUACUAUCAUAUCAGACCCAAACGUUAUACCCUGUAUUGCCUUUUUCUCUUACCAUACUGAAAUGUCCUUCGAACAUGUCAAAAUUUUAGGCCGACGAAAUUUUUAGGGCAGGCUCUUCUGGAGCUAUUCUGUCGAGAGAAAACGAAAUGGGUGGAUAUUUUUUGAUGAUACAGGUAGCUAACAUUGUUUACAAGUAUUGAAGAUGAUGUAGGCGAGUGACUACCCGUGUCGCCUUCUCAUAACCUCAAUGGGAAAGGAGCGGAAGUUGGAGAUUAUGCUGAUGUCUGAGACAUCAAAAUUCAGGGGCAGAGAGGCUUCGUGCCCCCCUUGCCCUUCACCCACGAGAUGAGUCACUCUUUUGUGACUUGCAAGGAUAACUUCUUAUCAUACAAGUACUAGUACGGUACCAUUACAGUGCUGUGGAUACUGAUCUAAUCUCUCUGGAUCGCGGAAAAUCAUGACUGUUCGGACGGAUAUAUGAUACAGACAUUCUUUUCAGCUUUCUUGAUAUCACUGAGGACGAAUCAAUUACAACACGGCAAAGUGCCAAAGUGCUGGUGCCGUAUGAUACGUAGGUGAGAAAGGCCCUCAGAUUAGCGGCCCUGGUAGUUAUCGCCCGUGAUCCAAAAGGGCGAAAGAAGCUUAAAUCAUUCCAAGGGAUGGCCUGUCCCUAUUGUUACACAAAAUCGGAGGGAUAAAUACCCGUUGUCAACAUUUCACCCACAACCUAUACUAUUUAUUUACUGUUGACAAAAGGAGCCACGAACGAACAAGCGCAAACCAAAAGACGAGAAAAAUGUUUGACUUUCUCAUGAAUCCUGAACCGGGACGGAGCUCUGGGAGACCUCAACUACCACUGGACAUUGUUUCUAGCAUCAUCUCCCGGAUCGAAUCACCGGCAGACCUUGCCCGUGUUAGUCGAAGCAGUCGAAUUCACCACUUCCUAACUGUCCCUUUGCUCUAUAAGAACGUGGUUCUCAUUUGUAGACAUGAGGAGAGAAAGCCUUCCAUCACCUUGGCGCAGAUGGGGGCAUUGCUCAAGCCCGGUAUUGCAGCCUGUGUGCGACGUUUGGAGGUUAUCAGUGAGAAGCCAUCAGGUCAGGACCGGCGAGGUGAAGAUCGUGGGGUGUGGGCUGUCGCGGUGGUGGGGAUAAUCUCCGGAAUGAAUACGCUGGAAGAAUUCCUAUGGAAUUCAGAAUCAAUGAUGCAUCCUAUCCUUUAUGAAGCGCUAUCUAGACACCCGAAAUUGAAGGGCCUGAGAAUAAUACAUCCACUCUCACUUCAUCCCCCUCCCCCACCUUCGUUUGCGCCUCCGAUAAUCUUUAGAAAUCUGAAGAGUAUACACCUAACAGGCCUCGGUUCCCGAACAACAUACAAUUGGGGUAUGUCUUCAAUGCCGGCACUCCAAAUUUUCAAAGUGUCUUGGAGGAUCUCGACUAGGUUAAGCGUCAUCUUCCCAGAACAAAGACCCGCCAAAAGUCCCCGAGUUCUUAAGGAACUCCAUAUAAGCAAUGUGGUACUAGAUAUACCAAUACAUCAGUGUUUGGAUUUGGUGGAGCUUCAAAAACUUUCACUACUUGACUGUAGUGUUGGGGAGUCAUCGUCAUGGGACGAGAUAUUGUGUGCUGAAGAACAGAAAGUCGCCAACUCUGGAUCACCCGCAAGUGCUUUAUCGGGAGGAGAUGGAGGCGUCACGAGGCAGAGCCCUAAACCCAGAGUGAGGCGCUUGAAGCUAAAGAGCCUUCGGAUAAACGAUGUGGGGAAACAUUGGAUAAGCUUCCUCUCCUCCUUCGCUGGCCUGGAAGAGUUAUACAUCCUUCCAUCAACCAGCGUGAUAGAAGAGGAGGCUGUUGAGCCCUUCCUCGACGCGAUUAUAAACUUCCACGGCUCUACAAUCCGCAACCUCCGUCUAAGCACCAGCCAGCCAGUCGAGAGACGCUGCGCCUCAAAACUGGUUCGCUCUUGCAAAGGUCUUGAGGAGGUGUCCUUGCGGAUACCAAAAUCCGAAUGGAAAUUUAUAGAGAUACUAAUCCUGCUUUUGACACGCAUUCGCGUCUUUCAACUCUUGACGACGGACCUAUCAUCCCACGCGGAGGAGUACGAUGAACUGCUUGCACAUCGGGAGGAAUCAGAACGCCAAGUCGCCCAGGGAGGGGAAUCAUUGAUGGAAAUCUUUGGCUUUGGUACUAAGUGGGCGUGGGUUAUUGACCGGACGCCUAGCUGGGUCGAUGGCGUGGAUCCGGAGACGGGCAAGGUUGAGAAGAGGAAGGUGAAGAAGGGACAUAUCGAGCGGAUUUCGAUACUCAGUGAGAAGGUUGGGGUCUGGAAGGCUGAGGAGAGGAUUUAAUUAAUUUAUUAGUGAGGGAAUUGGGAAAAGAGAAAUUGGUUAGGGUAGAGCAAUAGCGAUAUAUUCUGGUGCAUAGAAAAAACCUUUAGAUAGCUGUGCUCUAUUGUAAGUCACCUUGUAUCAUAAAUAAUAUGUAACUAGCACUUUAAAUAAACUACUAAUGCCAUAUCCCA